UCAGAGGCACUCUUGUACAGAGCAAUGGAAGAGUGGGCGGGGAAAGAGGGCUGGGCCAGGCUCUUCUUCUUCCUCUUUCUCCCAGUCGAAGGGGCCCAGCCAUGGGCAUCGUCAAACUGGCCGAACUGGUCGAGGAAGCAGCCCCCGAGGCCGUCCGCACUAUCCCGCUGGAACGAUACCGGGGUGGUGGCCUUGGAUGCCUCGGUGGCCAUUUCCCAAUUCCGCACCGCAAUGCCACCGAUAAUCAACCGCCACGGUCAAAAUAUCAGUCUCUUGCAAGGGCUCUUCUAUCGGACGCUGCAUCUCCUGAAAAAGGGCAUCCGGCCGGUCUUUGUCUUUGAUGGGAAACCUCCAGACCUGAAACGUCCCGUGUUGGCCAAGAGGGCUGCGAUUUCUGGGGCCUCAAAGGACGCCGCAGAUUUGCAUUGUUUUCCAGAUCCUACCACAAGUGGCCUCCCGCAGCGACUUCCAAAACAAGACUAUGAGACUCUGUUGAGUUGCUUAGGCGUUCCCUAUGUGCAGGCUCCUGCGGAAGCAGAAGCAACGUGCGCUGCCCUGGUGAAGGCCGGCCUUGCCUCCGCCACGGCCACCGAAGACAUGGACGCCUUGCCCUUUGGGAGCCUACGUCUCCUGCGCCACCUGAACACCAAAAACGGGACUGUGGAAGAAAUCUCCUUACCUGUUCUUCUAGAAAAACUGAGCAUGACGCAGGAGCAGUUUGUGGACCUCUGCAUCCUCCUGGGCUGCGACUAUUGCGAGAAGAUCCGAGGUCUGGGCCCCAAAAAGGCCCUGAAGCUUCUCCGGCAACACGGCAGCAUUGAGAAGGUGGUGGAGCACACCUCCCGCCAGAAACACCCUUUGCCGGACAACUGGCCGCUGGCCGAAGCCCGGACCCUCUUUCUUGACCCGGUGGUGGCUCCUCUGAAUCAGGUGGCCCUGGGGUGGAGUGACCCGGACGAGGAGAGGCUGGUGUGCUUCCUGGCGCAUGAGAAGCACAUGAACGAGCGCCGUGUCCGUCACGCCAUGGAAAAAUGGAGAGAGAGUUUGCCGAAGUUGCCUGAGCCCGUGCAGCCAAGAUUUGGGGCAGAGGACGGCUCCCAACAGUCAAAGAUGGAGAAUUUCUUCCAGGUCAAGAAACGCCAGCGACAGGUGCUGCGCAGCCCACUUUGCAGGAAGAAGCCAAAGCAGCAGCCAGAAACUGCAGUCGGGACUUGAGAAAUAAAGCAUUUAUUUAUUUAUUCCUGAAUUUAUUUUUUCUGCCUUGCAUUAGCCAAAGCCUUGGAUAUUGAAGCUGCUCAAGCACUCAGGGAGAAAAAAACCCAUCUGACAGUGUUGUUGUGCGUUUUUCGGCCUGUAUAUCCAUGUUGCAGAAGCAUUCUCUCCUGACGUUUCACCCACAUCUAUGGCAGGCAUCCUGAGAGGUUGUGAGGUAUGGAGAAACUCAGCAAGGAAGGUACAGCAGAGUCUCAAAUAUCCAACAUAAAUGGGCCGGCAGAACGUUGGAUAAGAGAAUAUGUUGGAUAAUAAGGAGGGAUUAAGGAAAAGCCUAUUAAACAUCAAAUUAGGUUAUGAUUUUACAAAUUAAGCACCAAAACAUCAUGUCAUACAACAAAUUUGACAGAAAAAGUAGUUCAUUACACAUUAAUGCUAUGUAGUAAUUACAGUAGAGUCUCACUUAUCCAACACUCGCUUAUCCAAGCCUCUGGAUAAUCCAAGCCAUUUUUGUAGUCAAUGUUUCCAAUAUAUCGUGAUAUUUUGGUGCUAAAUUCGUAAAUACAGUAAUUACAACAUAACAUUACUGCGUAUUGUACUACUUUUUCUGUCAAAUUUGUUGUAUAACAUGAUGUUUUGGUGCUUAAUUUGUAAAAUCAUAACCUAAUUUGAUGUUUAAUAGGCUUUUCUUAAUCCCUCCUUAUUAUCCAAAAUAUUCGCUUAUCCAAGCUUCUGCCGGCCCGUUUAUGUUGGAUAAGUGAGACUCUACUGUACUGUAUUUACGAAUUUAGCACCAAAAUAUCACAAUGCAUUGAAAACGUUGACUACAAAAAUGCGUUGGAUAAUCCAGAACGUUGGAUAAGUGAUAUAAGUAUAAGUAUAUAAACCUACUGUACAUAUAAAUCUGUGGAAAGUCCACGUUGAAAGAAGAAUUCUUGUUAGUUGGAGGCCAGUGUGAAUGUUGUAAUUAAUCACCUUGAUUAGCAUUAAAUAGCCUUCCAAGCUUCAUAUCCUGGCCUGGGGGGAAUCCUUUGUUCAGAGGUGUUAGCUGCCCCUGAUUGAUUCCUGUCUGGAAUUCUUCUGUUUCCAGAGUGCUGCUCUUUAUUUACUGUUCUGAUUUUGGAGUUUUUUUUAAUACUGGGAGCCAGAUUUUGUUCAUUUUCCUGAUUUUCUCCUUUAUGCUGAAAUUGUCCACAUGCUUCUUGUGGAUUUCAACGGCUUCUCUGUGUAGUGCCAUGUUAUGCUGGGAGUUGUAGUUUGUCGAGGCAGCAAGACCUUGGGAAUCUACAACUCCCUGGAUUAGAAUCAUAGAAUCAUAGAAUAAAUAGAGUUGGAAGAGACCACACAAGUCAUUUAGUCUAAGAAUGUAUUAAAACAAAUGCAAGUUAAAGGCAAUGCAAAACCAGUGGAAGUUCAGUAGAGUCUCACUUAUCAAACACUCGCUUAUCCAACGUUCUGGAUUAUCCAACACAUUUUUGUAGACAAUGUUUUCCAUACAUCGUGAUAUUUUGGUACUAAAUUCGUAAAUACAGUAAUUACUACAUAGCAUUUUAUAUGUAUUGAACUACUUUUUCUGUCAAUUUGUUGUAAAACAUGAUGUUUUGGUGCUUAAUUCGUAAAAUCAUAACCUAAUUUUAUGUUUAAUAGGAUUUUCCUUAAUCCCUCCUUAUUAUCCAACGUUCUGCCGGCCCGUUUAUGUUGGAUAAGUGAGACUCUACUGUAUAUGUUUGUAUGUACAUCUGAGAUUCAUCGAACCAAUGAAAUGUUUCAUUUCGGAUAACUGAUUUUAGUGUUUAUAUAUACAGUAGAGUCUCACUUAUCCAACACUCGCUUAUCCAACGUUCUGGAUUAUCCAACGCAUUUUUGUAGUCAAUGUUUUCCAUACAUCGUGAUAUUUUGGUGCUAAAUUCGUAAAUACAGUAAUUACAACAUAGCAUUACCAUGUAUUGAACUACCUUUUCUGUCAAUUUGUUGUAAAACAUGAUAUUUUUGGAGCUUAAUUCGUAAAAUCAUAACCUAAUUUUAUGUUUAAUAGGAUUUUCCUUAAUGCCUCCUUAUUAUCCAACAUAUUUGCUUAUCCAAUGUUCUGCCGGCCCGUUUAUGUUGGAUAAGUGAGACUCUACUGUAUAUGAUUGUAUGUACAUCUGAGAUUCAUCGAAGCAAUGAAGUGUUGCAUUUCGGAUAACUGAUUUGAGUGUUUAUGUAUAUUUAUGGUUUAUUUUAUGUUCCGGCAUUGAAUGUUUGCCGUAUAUAUGUUGUGCUCCACUCACCUUCGGGGUGAGAAGGGAGGGUGGAAUAGAAAUGUUUUAAAAUAAAUAAAUGUAUAUAUAUGUUAAAACAAUAAACAUGAAAAAAAUAUAUAAA